AUGCUGUUUCCAGGCUGCGCCCCUGUGCUAACUCCUUUCCUGCUGAUGACGACCCGGGAGCUGGAUCCUGCUGUGGUCCCAUUUACAGCCUUGGCCUUGCUGCUGCUGCAGCUGAGCACAGCCCUGGAGCACCUGGAGGCCUGCACAUUCCUAGCAGAGCUGCAGCCGGGAAACCUGCUGCUGGGAUGCCACGGGACUGCUCGGACUCCAGGGCCCUGUGCCUGCUGCUCUGGGUGCCCAGGAACUGCAGCUGGACUGUCUGCUCGGCCCUGUGCCCCCGCGGACCCGGAACACCUGGCAUCCCAGGCGCUGCUCUGGGGACCCUGCUGGCUGCGGGUGUGCCAUGCUCUGCUGGUCCUGCACCUAGUGGAGCAGGCCACUGGUGCGGAGGAGCCGAACCUGAAGGACUAGCUGAGCUGUGGAUACCUGGCAGAGGCCAUGAAGCCCUCACUGGGCCGCGCCCUGGCACUGCUGUGGGACUGACCCUCCGAGAGUGAGUGGCUGUUCCAGGGCCUCUGCACGAGGUAGGCACUCCUUCCAGGGUUGGGGCUGGUGUCAGUGCCUUCAAGAGGGUCUGUGCCCCCUUCCAGAAGGCUAGUGCACCCCUCCUCCAAUGCCUGCCCCCUUCUUUUGUUGGGUAUUUAGGCCCACGUCCACCCCAAGAAGGCAGGUGUCCCCUUCCAGGGCUGAGGACUAAGGCCAGGGCCAGCGAGGCUUUCUGAUGCCAGGGCCACCUGCCCCUCUUCCCGGUGUGGACACCCCCUGCCCGUCAAUGUGUGUGGAACUCCUCCCCCCACCGUCCAGCAGAAGCCAGGGUGUCCUAGUGCUGGGGUCUGAUAAUCCCGGUCUCCACAGCAGCAGAGCACGGACACUCCCUCCAGCACCAGCACAGGUUGAACUGGCCUGCAAGACCCAUCAGGGGACCUGAGGGAGUGAAUGGGAACUCAGUUUAUGCCUCUGAAAAUGGACACAGGAGCCCUGAGGGGUCCACCGCUCUUGCCUGGGCCUCCAGUCAUGCCUCCUUACUCCUCCUCCCCGAACAGGGUGAUCCUGGAGGGACUGUUCCUAACCCCCAGAUAUGACCAGCUCUGUACCUCCAAACCUUUGGAAACUGGCUCCAUCACCCAGGUAGCUGAGUAUCCCAUCCCAACCCAGCACCUUUCCUCCUGUCAAAGAUACCCCUUUGCAGCCUAUUUCCCAGCCAAGGCCUGGAUAUGAAUUUCCAGGCAAUGCCCAGGUGCAGCCAGCAGGUGGCGCUACGAUGCUGCCAAUCUUGGGACUAGAGCACCACCUCGCCCCUCCACUGCAGGACCAGUCUCCCCCAGGAGUGCUCCUAUUCCAGCAUGGCAUUGGGAGGCCCUCCCCAGGGGCAACUGGGGUGCACAGGGUCUGCACAGUUGCUAGAGGGGGGCCCACAUCCACACACAUCCAUACUGCCCUGGUUAAAUCUCCCACAGGCCACGCCCCCCCCCCAGCUUCAGGCAGAGGCGAGGCCAUUCAGGGAAGUGGAAGCCAGCCAGCCUCCAGCCUUGGUCACCCCAGGGAAGGGCACGGGACAGGGGACCUGAAGGUCCAAGGUGUGGGUGAGGUAGGGCAUAUUGCCAUCCAGAGCUGCCUUGCUGCGGUGGCAGCAAAGUAGGGCCCCAGGAUCCUGAAACCUGCCAUGGAGCUGAGCCACUCAACACAUCCCACAGAACCUGGUUGUGGCCAGACAAGAGACUAAGACAUUGGCUUCCCAUCCUGGGCCUGUUUCCUCUGUCAAGGGAGUUACUCAGCUCAGAAUGCAUCCAUCACACACUUGCAAACAGCCCCAGGCCACACCAGAUAACUGAGGCCCCUCCAGGCCAACUUAACACCACUGAGCCCAGACAGAUCUUAGAUGUCAUUUUUAUUCAGAUUUUUUCAAAGCAAUAGAAGGGUAGAUUAAUACCUAUCUUUCCAAGUUAAGACCUAAAACUGUUUCCAAAACUUCAAAUAAGAAAACUCCUGCUUGAAGUACAAGGAUAAUCUGUAUCACCUUAAACCAGCAA